AACCUUGAAUAAGCAUUACUUUUGUCUUCUUUUGACUUGUAUCCGGGUUUUCCCCAGUUAAUUUAGAAAGCAGAGCAGAUGGCAUCUGCCGCAGAUUCAAGAUAUGGACAGAAGGAUGCAUCAGAUCAGAAUUUUGACUAUAUGUUCAAACUUCUCAUAAUUGGAAACAGCAGUGUGGGAAAGACUUCUUUCCUUUUCAGAUAUGCAGAUGACACAUUCACAUCAGCCUUCGUUAGUACUGUUGGUAUUGAUUUUAAAGUGAAGACCGUUUACAGAAAUGAUAAAAGGGUCAAGUUGCAGAUUUGGGAUACAGCUGGUCAAGAGCGAUAUAGAACCAUUACUACUGCUUACUACAGAGGAGCCAUGGGCUUCGUACUUAUGUAUGACAUUGCUAAUGAAGAAUCCUUUAAUGCAGUACAGGACUGGGCAACCCAGAUCAAAACGUACUCAUGGGAUAAUGCACAAGUCAUCCUUGUUGGAAAUAAAUGUGACAUGGCAGAUGAGCGUGUAAUUCCUGCUGAAAAAGGGAAACAUUUGGCUGAGCAGCUGGGAUUCGAGUUUUUUGAGGUCAGUGCCAAAGAAAACAUCAAUGUCAAGCAGGUCUUUGAACGUCUAGUAGAUAUCAUAUGUGAGAAAAUGUCAGAAAGCCUGGAGUCUGAUCCAUCAAUGGGCAGUGGGAGGAAGCACACACGGCUGACAGACAACCCAGCAUCUGUGCAACAGAAUUGCGCCUGCUAGUGACCGCUCAACUUGGUGACCUCUGACCUCUCCAUUAUUUUUUCUUUUUCUCUUUAUAGUUGCAUGUGCUAUGAAGGCAAUCAAACGCCAAUUCAUUCAAUAUUAUGCAGAUGGUAGAACUAAUAAAUUUUAUUUAUUCUUUAAUGUGUUUAAAUGUUAUGUACUUUUGCACAAAGUGAACAUUCAACUACAUUAUAAACCUUACUAUGUUACUAACUAAUGCUGAUAUUGAUGUUUUUGAGACUGGACCUUUUCAGUCCUUCUGAAUUGGAAAUCAAGAUUUUAUAGUUAACUGUUUAGGUGAUUGCUGUAACAUGGUUUAUCUUGGGAAGUCAUAAAGAAAGUAUUAUG